UUGAUUUUAAAUCAAACACGAUUCAACGAAUUCUAUUAUUUCGUUGUGAAAAACAAGUUUAUAUCUCAUCAUGGCAGUAGAAUCAAGAUGGAUGCCCUGUCAACUGAAGAUUGAAUCGAACAUUUGUAGCUGCGAUUACGAUGGCAUAAUCUUAGUGUCAGGUAAUGCACCUGGCUUCGAUGAACCAGAACCGUUCAAAACGGUUCUAUAUAGUGCAGCACAAAUCGAUUCCGCCCUUGGCGUAAUCGGUGCUGUCCUACCGAUCAAUUUACCUGCGAAAAGGCUCAUUUAUAGUCCAACGGGUCCACUCAACAUGGAUUAUCAUGAUGUACGAAGUUUUGCUGAGGCUGCAACCAAGGGUAUCGUAAGAGCAUUAAAAGCUGGGGUGAAAUGUCCAUUGCUAGUACUACUACCUGACGUACGUUUUGAAAAUGUCGAGUUGGUAACAUUGCUUGGUGCUUUGGAAGGACUUUACGUGCCCCUCGAGGUGAGAGAGAUAUGUCCCGAACGUUGCUACAAGGCCUGUCAACUGGCAGUAUGGAGUCCGAUUUGCAGUAAAAAGCUCCAGGGUAUAGUGAAGCUAGCCUCAGCCUUGGAAAGUGGCAGAUUCGUCGCAAGGGAUAUCGGUGGAGCUGAUCCAGAGAGAAUGGCACCGCCAAGGGUUGAGGAAUACGUGGCCGAAUUGUUUUGUGGUUCGAACGUGACAAUGCAGGUGAUAUCCGAUCAGGAUACCUUGCUACAAGAGUAUCCACUUUUCGCGUGCGUUAAUCGGGCAGCUUCGGUAAUACCACGUCACGCUGGUAGGAUCAUCUUCCUAACUUACGAACCACCGAAUCCAGCAUGUGUCCUAGAAACUGUAAUGCUCGUUGGCAAAGGUGUCACUUACGAUACCGGUGGGGCAGACAUUAAAUGUCAAGGUAACAUGAACGGAAUGUCGAGAGACAAAUGCGGUGCUGCUGCAUGUGCAGGAUUUAUGCAGGUGGUAAAUCUUUUACAACCACCAACGGUAAAGGUGGUAGUCGCCCUGUGCAUGGUCAGAAACAGCGUUGGUGAAAAUUCAUACGUUUCUGAUGAAGUUAUAACUGCGAAAUCUGGUGCUAGAGUACGAGUUGGUAACACGGACGCCGAAGGACGAAUGAUUAUGGCAGAUGCGCUUUAUCAUAUCAAAGAAAUGGCACUUUGUUCAGUGAAUCCUCAUAUCUUUACAGUGGCUACAUUAACCGGUCAUGCUCAUUUAUCGGCUGGUAGUGGAUAUUCUAUUGCCUUGGACAACGCUGUUGCCAGAUUGGUCAGUAACGCUGAGAAGCUUCAAGCUUCAGGUGAAACAAUGGGCGACCCAUUUGAGAUAUCCAGAAUACGCAGAGAGGAUUUCCGUUUUCACGAAGGACGCAUGGAAGGGGAUGACGUGUUGCAAGCGAUAAACAGAUCGAGUGCUAGAACCGAGAGAGGUCAUCAAGGACCUUCGGCCUUUCUAAUUAUGGCUUCUGGCUUGGACAAGAACGGUGUUGAAUCCAAAAAUCCACUUAAAUACUGCCAUUUGGAUAUAGCUGGUAGUGCAGGUGAUCUUCCAUUUCAACCAGUUGGCUCACCGAUUUUGGCACUGGCUAAAUACUUUCUUCUGGACAAAAUUAUGCAAUCAUGGAACGACGAGAAAGAUGACCAAAACUGAUAACAGGAUUACUAUUGUAUUUUCAGGACCUAAGAAGGAUUACUUAUAUUUCCGAACUAUUCCUAUUCCUCAAUAUUGUGUUUUUCUUUUCCAGAAUCUUAAAGCCCGCUUUAUUUUAGGUUUCGGUGCUCAACGUAUUGCUUGUAAACUGAUCUUUACAUUAAUGGGGCAUUUUUGUUUGUUUGUUUAAAAUGAUAAUAAUCGGUUUUGGUGCAGGCAUUAAUGACACAUUUGAAAGCUUUUGCUUUUUAUCAAACAAUUUUUAAAGACUGCAUUUAGUUUCUCUUUAUCUAUUUUUCUUUUCAAUAUCGAUUACAGCACGGAGCCUGCAGUUGUUCGCCUUUAAAGUACACACAUAUCGACAUAAGAGGUCAUUUGCCGUAUCCCCACCACCUAUCAUACAGCGGAAAUCCUGUAUUGGCAUUGUCCUAUUGUUACCUGAUUCAAGGAAAAUGUCUCACCGUACGAAACGAUCCACCUUUAGAAAUGCAAUACGUAUGCGAAGUUGAUUGCAAACCUAUAUGCAUACCACCAUACCAAUCAUGCACUAUACCCUGUGAACCUGCUCCUGUACCCUGCAUUACUCCACCUUGUGGUACGUGUCCACCUGAUCCUUGUUAUCAACCUUGCCCACCACCACCCUGCCAACCCUCCCAACCUUGUCAACCCUGCCAACCAUAUUCUCCAUGCCCUGAACCGGUAACUGUCGUUGAACCUAUGUGCACACCGAACGUUCAAAGAAAUGGUCUGAACACUUGUGCUUAGGCUUCUUUAUUUGCUAUAUAUAUAUAUAUUUUUUUUUUUUCUAUAUAUCAAAUAUUUUUGGACAACUUUUUUUGAGUACAUUCAUCUCUUAUACACCAUCUCUUAUGUUUUUAUAAUUUUUAUAAAUUGUUUUAUGGUAUACAGUUUGUAGCAUUUAAUCUACUUAAUUUUGUAUUUAAUUAAAUCAAUGAUCCAUGGAUUAAAAGAUG